AGCCCCGCGCGCGGCGCGCGACUCGCCGUGUUGUGAUGACGUCACUCGGCAAACACAAAAGCCGAGAGGGGAGCGAGGAGGCGGCCGCGAGUGACCGGAGCCGCAGAGACCCCCGGGGGCCGCGAUCAGCACCAGCGACGAGUCAACAACAGCCCCAGCCGUGACGAGUCAACAACAGCUCCAGCCGUGACGAGUCGAACCAGAACCUCGUGCCGAACCCGAAUCGUUGCGCGUUCGAGACCGAGCCGAGCCGAGCCGAUCGAGGCCGUCGCGGGCUCUCUGAUCGCGGGUUGUCGAGCUCGGCGGCGCGGGCGGUGAGAGAAGCCGGAGGCGGAGGAGGGUACCGUGGGGACACAGGGCACCCAGGGGACCCGGGGGGUUGUGUAAAGGCAGCGAGGGGGAGACCCCAAGGGGGGCCCGGGGAGGCCGCGAUGCAAGCGAACGGCGCGCCUGACGCGGCGCCGCUGCAGAACGGCGAGGCCGGCGGGGGAGGCCUCGUGGCGAAUGGGCUCCCCAAAGAGGAGGCGACGGCCAAGAAGAAGCGGCCCUCGCUCUCGCAGACGGAGCAGGACGUGGUGAGGGUCAUCGGCCAGUACCUCCACGGCCUGGGCCUCAGCCAAACCGUGGAUCUGCUCAUGCAGGAGGCCGGGUGCCGGCUGGAGCACCCAACCGCCGCACGCUUCCGCAGCCACGUGAUGGACGGUGACUGGGAGAAGGCAGAAGCCGACCUCAAUGAGCUGAAAUCUCUCGUCCGGUCCGCGCGGGGGAUGCUGCGCAUGCGCUUCCUGCUGCUGGAGCAGAAGUACCUGGAGCGGCUGGAGGACGGUGCCGUGCUCGAGGCCCUGCAGGUGCUCAGGCACGAGCUCACACCGCUCAAGUACAACACGGAGCGCAUCCACGCGCUCAGCGGGUAUAUGAUGUGCAGCGAUGCAGCGGGGCUGCGCGAGAAGGCGGCGUGGGAUGGGAAGGGCUCCGCCUCUCGCUCCAAACUCCUGGAGAAGCUGCAGAGUGAGACCGCGACCCACAACCCGUACCUGCCGCCGUCCGUGAUGCUGCCCCCGCACCGGCUGCAGACGCUGCUGCGCCAGGCGGUAGAGCUGCAGCGCGACCGCUGCGUCUACCACAACACGCGGCACGAGCCCUCGCUUGACAGCGUCUCCCUCUACUCCGACCACUCCUGCAGCCGGAAACAGUUCCCAUGCUACACGCGGCAGAUCCUCACCGAGCACUGCAACGAGGUCUGGUUCUGCAAAUUCUCAAACGACGGUAGCAAACUCGCGACGGGCUCCAAGGACUCCACCGUCAUCUUGUGGGACGUGGACAUGGAGAGCCAGCAGCUCAAGGUGGCACGCACGCUGGAGGGACACACGUAUGGAGUCUCCUACCUCGCCUGGAGCCCCGACGAUGCGCACCUCAUCGCCUGCGGGCCCGACGACUGCUCCGAGCUUUGGCUGUGGAACGUGCAGACCGGAGAACUCAAGGUGAAGAUGUCACAGUCGCACGAGGACAGCCUGACCUGCGCCGCCUGGAACCCUGACGGCAAGCGCUUCGUCACAGGCGGCCAGCGCGGGCAGUUCUACCAGUGUGACCUAGAGGGGAACGUGCUAGACUCUUGGGAGGGCGUGCGUGUACAGUGCCUGUGCUGCGUUGGUGAUGGCAAGACGGUGCUGGCGUCCGACACACACCAGCGUAUUCGCGGAUACAACUUCGAGGAGCUCACGGACCGCAACAUUGUCCAGGAGGACCACCCCAUAAUGGCCUUCACUGUGUCCAGGAACGGGAGGCUCGCGUUGCUCAAUGUGGCCACUCAGGGCGUCCACCUCUGGGACCUGCAGGACCGUGUGUUGGUGCGGAAGUACCAGGGAGCCACCCAGGGUUUCUACACAAUCCACUCGGCCUUCGGGGGCCUACACGAAGACUUCAUUGCCAGUGGCAGCGAAGACCACAAGGUGUACGUAUGGCACAAGCGCGGGGAGCUGCCUAUUGCGGUGUUGGCCGGGCACAGCCACACGGUGAACUGCGUGAGCUGGAACCCGCGCCUACCCGCCAUGCUGGCCAGCGCCUCGGACGAUGGCACCGUGCGCAUCUGGGGCCCUGCACCGCCCACCCAGCCUGCCGGAGAGCGGCUGCCCGGCGAGCACGCGGCCCACGACGAGAGCGACUCCCACGAUGAAGGCAGCAACAUGGACAGUUAGCUAAAGGAGAGCACUGCCAUGGGGUGGGGACAAGUGAGAGAAGGGAGGGAUGGAGGAAAGGAUGGAGAGAGGGAGGAGGGAUGGAUGGACAGAGGAGGAGGGAGAGAAGGAGAUGGAGAAUGCGGGGAGGAGGGAGGAGGAGAAGAAGAAGUUUGCACACUGGUGAUGGCAUCCGAGCGGGGGGAUACCUCUGCACCCCGGCCCCGCGCGCCCGGAUGCGUCAACUCAUGUCAAGCGGUGGCAGCAGCAGCGUUUGGGUUGGGCAGGGGAGGCGGGGGCAGACUGCGUGGGAGGGAGUGGCACCAUCGGUCUCCCCCCAGCCCCGUCGCACUCUGCCGGUCACGUCGGACGUCGCCACCGCCUGGGUUGGUGAUUCCUCGCGCAGCCCGGGGGGUCCCUGGGUCUCCACCUCUCGCUCACCUAACCUUGCAGCAACCACGCGGAGGAGGAGCUGUCGCAGGCUACGCAGAGCCGUCUGGAGCAAUGUGGCGCCACAUGGAGACAUGUGGAGUUGUAUCGCCCGCGCACGGAGGCUAUUGCCGCAUGGGGGAAGUCGUUGGCGCUGUAACGCAGUGGCGCCCGGGGCUGCUGAAGUCACGGAGUUGAGGGGGGGAAGGGGGGGGGCGUGCACGAGAGGCGUGUGUUACUGUAGUCGGUCUAUUGUAGUCGCCUGCUGUUCCCUUCUAGCCAGUAUUGUGGUGGUGUGGUUGUGUGUUGACGAUGAUUUACACGUGUAGCGGAGGGCGGCGAUGUUUUCCUUCUUGUGAGGGGUCACGGUAGAGUGGGGCGUCACGUUGGGGGAGAGACGGAUCGGGGGGGUCGUGGCAGCUGAUCCUCACCUCGGGACUGGUGAGAGCGAGUGAAGCCGACGUCUGUGUUGGGGCCUCGGUGCGCUGCCAUGUGCCGCCGCCGAGCUAGCAGGAGCUGCCGUAUGGCGCCAAAUCCUGGACACGGCACUCGUUCGGUCAAUGUGUCAGGUCGGUCCACUACAACCGCACUUGUGCAGCCCCGUCAGAUGGGACAAGCCACUCUGCUGCUGGACAGUGCUUGUCCAGCAGCUGCAGGUGUUCCUUGUGAGACAGGUACUGCGGUGCUGGUAAGGAAGGCACAGCUGUCGCCGUGAAACAUGGGCAUUCUUGGGUCGUCGAGACGAGUCCUUGGCAUUGUGGCUGGCUUGGGUACACUUUCUCGGCUCUCUUAAAUAACCCAGCCUGGACUCUGGCCUCGACCCAGAGGCUCCGGCUUCAACCAGCCUAGACACUGGCCUCAGCCUAAAAUGUUUCCAGUCAAUGCCUCGGCCUGUUCUUGGGGUAUUCGGCCUUGUGUCCAAGACUGAAGAAAGGGCCAUUGGACCUAGUGAGGCAGCUCACCGGAAGGCAGGUACGGCUGUACGAGCGAGACGGUCCGGCUGUACUGGUGAGGUUCACUGUGUAGCGAGCCCGGCCAUACUGGUGAGGUGGGGAUGCCUGUUGCCUGGGGCCUGGGGCCUGGGCCCAUCUUUUGGGGUUGAGUGUUGGAACCGUUCGUUGGCCUCAUUUUUGUAGAUGGCGAGGCAGAAGAAUGGGGGGGGGGUCAUGCACCCUGGGCCCCCCCCCCUACGUCCCCGCCCCGGCGCAGUCCUAUGCAUGGGGUCUGUGCCACGAAACCAACCGCAGCUUGCGCAGGCUGCCUCCGCAAGCUCGCGCAAGCUCUUAACGACAUAAAUCUCAAUGAAAUCACAUUUUCUACUAAUUUCCCUUAUGCGGCGUGAUUCAGGUAUUAUGUUUUUAUAAGUGUCCGCUGUUUGUGACUAUCAAUGUUUUAAACUCGUUUGACUCAUUCAGGUCGCUGGUUGUCAUGUUUUUUUGGUGCUGCAAUAGAGUUUUUUCUAAAAGUAAAAGCUUAAUAAUCUGUGCGUAGCAGAAGUUAUCGAUUUGCGUUGUGUUUAUUAUUAUUAUUUGUGUUUCCUCCUGGAAUUUGUAGCUCUCUUAGAAGACGAUCAAAUAAAAUGAGACGCAAUCUGUGUGUGGCGCGCAGCUGCCUCGCACGUGGGCACGGCGGUCUCUAUUGGCGCCCGUGGGGGCCAUGUGUGACCCACGUGGAGUUUGUGACACGUGCGUCUCCCCCCCCCCACCACCCAGGCUCUGCUUGGACUUGUGUCUUGGCUUGUGACCGAGUUCGUGUUUCUCUGGUGGACCUGGGUUAUUGUUGUUACAGCGUUUAUGUUGUAUGGGCUCGUGUCCCAGUGUUUGUUCUUGUGUACCUCUGUGUCACUGUGUUUGUGUCUUAAGUAUAUGUGUUUUAUCUCGGUGUGUUUGUGUCUGUCGCUGGGUUUGUCUGUGUCUUUGUGUGCUUGCGCCUCCCCACGUAUCCCUGGAGAGACCCCAGCUCCAGAGGGGAUGUCUUCCUCCCCCGUUACUCGGCCCUAGGGACCCCACUCAUGUGAUAACACCAGUUUACGAAAACGAGAUGACCACGCGCACGGUAUAACCACGCACGUAAUUGCAGCGCGAUAACCACACAUGUCACUCUGCUGCUGGAUCAGGGCCUGUCCACACCGUGCGUGUAACAGGGUUUUUUUUUUACCAUACUUAGCCACGCUGGUGAGUAGGGGAUGCUAAAGACGGUGAGCACGAUCUUACAACUCGACAAUGUUGCUCUGCUGUCAACCCGCGCACUCGAGCCGCCAGGCGGCGCUGAGGCGUCCACCACCACGACCGGUGUCCACCAUGGGCAGAAAGCUUGGCACAAAUACGGUCUCAAGUAUUGACACUUGAUAUUUGUAACAUUGUGUAGAGGGUUCAAAUCAGAUUCCUUAUUCGAAAAUAAUCUUCUCUCCAACACACACUGGUAACCCUUUAACAAUUAUUCAAUCGCACGUCUUUGUG